GUACACUUUCCUGCUACUCAUACUCUUUCUUGUACCUGGGAUUAUAAUGAUGGUUGCGUACGGCCUAAUUUCUUUGGAACUCUACAGAGGAAUAAAAUUCGAUGCCAGCCAGAGAAAAUCUUCACGAGAAAGAAAAACAAGUACCUGCAGUGCCAAAUACGAGGACGGAGAUGGAUGCUACCUCAACAAAACCAAAAGAAGAAGGACAAUGCCAUUGCAACAGCUCUCUGCUACCAGCCAUAGCAAAAUAGACAGGGUGAGAAGCAGCAGCUCUGCUGCCAACCUGAUGGCCAAGAAACUCGUCAUCCGCAUGCUGAUGGUGAUCGUGAUUUUGUUUUUCCUUUGCUGGACUCCCAUCUUCAGCGUGAAUGCCUGGCGCGCCUUCGACACCGCUUCGGCUGACCUGCGUCUCUCGGGAGCUCCCAUCUCCUUUAUCCACUUGCUGUCCUACACGUCGGCCUGCGUGAACCCCAUCAUAUACUGCUUUAUGAACAAGCGUUUCCGCAUGGGCUUUCUGGCCACCUUCACCUGCUGCGCUAAGCAAAAGCCCCCGGCAAUCCAGGGAGAGGUCGGUGACGAUGAGGAGCGGAAGACCACGGGGGCUUCGCUCUCCAAAUGUUCUUACACACACGUGAAUGCAUCUGCACCCCCCUGA